AUGUUCCCACAGCACAGUACUCCCCCCAGGCCCCACUCGGGGCAUGGAAACGCAAAUGUGAAGGUAGUUGUGCGAGUCCGUCCCAUGAAUGAAUCCGAGCAGAGUGAGAAGUAUCACAUAGUCACAGAGGCCAUCAGCGACCACAUGUUGGUGUUUGACCCCAAAAUACAGAACACAUCUGGUUUCCUGCUCAUGAGCCAAAGAGACAUCAAUCGGCGGCGUUUUAAAGAUUUGAAAUAUGCCUUUGACUAUGUAUUUGGGCCUUCCGCAAACAACAGGGAUGUCUUUGAGCAGACGACUAAACAGAUUGUGUGUGGGGUUCUGAAUGGGUACAACUGUAGUGUGUUUGCUUAUGGAGCCACUGGUGCAGGGAAGACGCACACGAUGCUUGGAAAUGAAAGGGAGCCUGGAGUGAUUUACUACACCAUGAUAGACCUCUACCGAAGGAUCAAUGAACAGAAGGACGAGAAGAUGUUUGAUGUUGCUGUCUCAUACUCUGAGGUAUACAAUGAGCAGGUGCGGGAUUUACUGAUGCCACGAGGGAAUCUGCCCAUUAGAGAGGACAAGAAUGUAGGGGUCAUCAUUGCCGGGCUCUCAUUACAUAAGCCAAAGACAGCAGAUGAACUACUGCACAUGUUACAGUUUGGAAACAAGAAUCGAACUCAACACCCAACAGACGCCAAUGCAGAAUCAUCCAGAUCUCAUGCAGUGUUUCAGGUGUUUGUCAACCAGCGAGAGAAGUCGGCCAGUGUCAGUACAGAGGUCAGAAUGGCUAAGAUGUGCCUAGUUGACCUGGCAGGGUCGGAGAGGGCGAACCAUUCGACGAACUGUGGGGCUAGGUUCCGGGAAGGUGCCAACAUAAAUCGGUCACUGCUGGCUUUGGGUAAUGUCAUCAACGCGCUUGCUGACAAUAAGUUCAAAGGUCACAUUCCAUACAGAGACAGCAAACUAACUCGACUGUUGAAGGAUUCUUUGGGGGGCAACUGCCAGACUGUCAUGAUUGCCGCUGUCAGCCCGUCAAGCAGAUCUUUUGAAGAUACGUACAACACACUGAGAUACGCGGACAGAGCCAAGCACAUCAGAGCCGAUCUGAAGAAAAACGUGAUGAGUGUCGACUUUCAUAUUGCCAACUACAAGAAGUACGUGAAGGAUCUGGAAAAAGAGAAUCAAGAGCUCAGAAAGACUAAGCAGAAGCUUGCGGACGCUCUAGAAAAUGUGGGAACGGCAACAGCACCAGCUGCCUCUCCAAUUCUACGACA